AUGGCUUCUUAAGUAGCAAAUAAGUUUAAGUACUUGGACAUUUUUGGUUAAAAAGUUAUUUUAAAUUUUCAUGAGAAUAGUCUAAUUCAAACAGUUUUUGGAGGUAUAACUGCUAGCUUGGUGUGUGCAGUUGCCAUCAUCUUCUGCUACAACUCAACGAACGAUGUUCUUAACAAAGUUAAUUUUACUGUGCAAGGCAACAAGAUAUUUUCAGAUAAUCCAUCUUAAUUAAAUUUAACAUCUGAUAAGUUUAUGAUAGCUGUGAAUAUGAUAUAAGAUAAUUUUAUUUAAAAUCCCUAUCUAAAUAUCACCCUUUAGCAAAGAGUAUACACAUUACUACCUAAUGGUACUUAAUUAAAGCAAAAUAUUGAUAUUUAGCUGGAAUAAUGCACUUUUAAGCAUUGGGAUGCUCUCAAUAAACCAGGAGAUAUAAUUAUAACGAAAGAUCAAUACAAUUCAUACAAUAUUUCUAAUUAUUUAUGUCCAAAAUUAGGAACAAACUUAACUAUAUAGGGUUAAAUUGCAAAUCAAGUGUAUUAGUUCAUAAAAUUUACUGUAACAGGUUGCUAAAAUUAAACUAAUCCUUAAUCAUCUCCUAAUUUAUGGAAACCAGUUUGUCCUUCAGUAUAAGCAUAGCAAAAAUAUUACAACUAAAAUACUAUAAGAAUACAGUUUUUAUUUUCAAAUUAUAUUAUUAACCCUACUUAAGUAGGUUAAUUUACUACUAGAUAUGUUGCCAACGAUGUAUUUUUUCAAAUAUAGCCAGGUUAUAUGUAUACUACAGCUGAUAUUUAUAUGACAGAAACUAUUAUUUCUGAAGACAAAUCUUUAUAUCCAUGGAAAGAUAUUAGCAAUCAAUCUCUUGCAGCUUAGCUAUAUGGAGAUUAUAGAUAAUAGUAUACUUUUGGAAAUAAUACGAUUUAUGGGGCAUUCUUCUUCGAUCGUAGUCGUUUUAAACAAGUCUACAGCAUAAGCUAUGAAAAAUUUGACAAUUUAAUUGCUUAGAUUGGUGGUUUUGUCCAAUCUCUUGUUCUUGUUGCAAGUCUUUUUGUUGGACUGUACAAUAAAAUGCAUUAUACAAUAGAAUUGGCAAAUGAGAUAUACGAUUUUGAUUUAAAUUAUAAUGAGAAAAAAGAUAAAUAUAAGAGUAAAAUUGAAUAGUAAUAAACAAAUAAAUCUGAUAUAAAAAAUGAAGGCAGUAAAUAUGAGAUUGGUCAAUAAGAAUAAAAUAAAAUGUAUAAAUUAGUUAAAAUGUAUACAAAGAAAUUUAAUGAAGAACGAUAAGCUAACCAUAGAAACUCAUUUGAAAGCCCAAGGUUAGAUGUAACUUAAAGUCCUAACAUACAUUUUAAUUCAAGAGAUAUUGAAAAGGAUUCAAUAAAUGAAAAGGAUAUAAAUAUUCAAAUGAAUGAUCUCUAGUUAAUAGAUAAUGAUAAGUUGCAGCAAGGUACACAUGAAAAAAGCAAUAAGGAGGACCAUUUAGAAACAAAUUAAAUAUCUGAUAUGCAAAAGAAUUUAAGAUUUGAUAAAAAAGAAGUUGCUGAAAAUAAUUCAAACCAAAAAAUAUAAAAAUUUGUUUUUUUGAAUUUGAAAGACAAUUUAAAUGAUAAAAGUAAUUAAACCAAAUUGAAAAGCGGGGAUGAAAAAAAUAAUAAUUUGUUUUUUAAUAAUAUUAUAGAAAAUUAAAAUCUAAAAAAUGUAUCUUAAAGUCCUUUUAAAUAAGAUAAAAAAUUAGAUUUUGAUGAUUUAAACGUAUUUAAAAAAGAAAAUUUUUAGUAAUCUUUGUUUGAAAAAAGUAAAAGUAUUAAACCUCUUAAGACAUAUUUUACUCAAAGAAGUAAAGCAUAGACAAAAGAUAUCUUGAAAUAUUCCACAGCAAAUCCACAUUCAAUCAGCUAAAUAGAUAAACAUUUUUAAAGUCAAAUAAAUAAUUAGGCAAAUGAAAUGCAAGCAGUAGACAAAUAAAAUAGUCAUGAAGAUUUAAAGGAAACAAAUUUUGGUCCUUUAACUCCUAUGAAUUUUUCAUCUAAUCCUAGGCUUCUGAGUAUAGGUGAUAGACUAUAGAAUGAUAAAGCUGAUAUAUUCUUUCUUGAUUCUUAAAUUGAACCUGAGUCUGAUUUGGAAAUUAGUGAUUCGCCAUAACGAAAUAGAAAGCAAAAGAAUCCAAUAUUUCAUACUAUUCAACCAAUUUCUCAUAGUAUGGUCAGGGAUAAUAAAUUUUAAGGAAAAAAAACGAGAUCAUUCAGUCAAAUUAUCUUUUAAAAAGAUAACACUAUUAAAAAAUAAGAUUCUUUUUCGAGUUUGAGAAUUUAAGAACAACCAAAUAAUAAUAUCAAAAGUAUUAAAGAAUAGAAAUUCUUUGAUGCCUACAAAGAAGAAAUGAGAAAGGACUAUAUGACAAAGUAGCUAUAAAAAGUCUUGUCCAAAAGACAAAAGCUACAUUUGUCAGUAAAAUAUUUCAUUUACAAGCUAUCAUGUGGAAAAUUUUAUAACACAAAAGAAAACAUGCUCAUAGAUAAAGCAAAUGUUUUCUUAUAAAAAGAUAUUGAUAUAAUAGUCAUUUUGAACAAAAUUAAGGAACUAGAAAAACUAAAGUGUUUGUUGCUAGAUUAAAGUUAAUUAGCUUUAUUUAACUACUUCCCAAAACCUCUCCUUCAAAUAGAUCAAAACUAAAACAUUGUCAAAAAAGAUCAAAUGAUAAAAGUAGUAAAAUAAUUAGAGAAAAAAAUGAAAACCUUAGACAUAAAACCUCAAUAUCUUUCAACUGUGAAAAAAGCUAAAGAUAAAUUUAAAAAUUUACUGAAAAAGAAGCAAAAAAAAUAAGAAUUUUUCAAAUAAACUGAUCUGCUAAUUAAUUUAGAAUAACAUCAUUACAGAGAUUAUUAGAGAUUGUAUAAGGCUUAUGAGGAAAUUAUCAAUAAAAAAGAAUGUUCAAGAAUGGACAAUAUUUUAAUUAAUAAUUUGGGAGAAGAAACUAAGAAGAUUUUCUAAAACUCAAUCAAUAUGAAAUUUGGAAUGGAAAAACUGCAUGCUUUGAUAACUAGGUAAUAUGACAAAUCUCCAAAAUGUGAUCAAAUUUAAUAAAAAAAUAAUAAUUGA